AGUCACGUGACGUAUCACUGUAGCCGGCUUCACGCAUGUCACAUGAUAAGCCACGUGAUCCAAGGUGUCGCUCCGGAAAUCUGAAUCGUCAUGGCCGACAGGAAGUCGCAGAUCGUGGUGGAAGGAGAGGCGUCCGAGUCGGACACGGAUGACGAGCUCUACAUGUCGUCUGGACUCACGGUUCCGGGUGAAGCCUCCGAGACGGAAAGUGAGGACGAGGAAGUAAAAAAACCCACCGCCUUCCACCAUCACUUACCGCCUCUCACUGUCGAUCGCCAUGACAACAUGCCCAUCACUCAGCAGAGCCCGACCACGCCCACGCACGGCAGCCAUGUUACCUCACUGCUGCAGCAGAAGCUGCAGGAGAGCAACGCGCGUCUGUGCGCCGACGUGAGCCAGAGCGUGAGACAGGUUUAUCACGGAGCCACGAGGGACAUUAAAGCAGCCACGGCGCACCUGAGUCACUCGCAGGGCGUGAUCAUCGCCACCUCGCACGCCGUCCGCGUCGCCAUGGACGACCUCCGAGCUGUGUGCGACAAGAUCGACAUCAUCACCAGCUGUCGGCUGCUGCCUGACAUCGCCAUGACGACGGCUUCAUCACCCACAGUGCCUUGCGCCGCUCCUCAUUAACCUGAAUCAUGCUCCAGUGUUCAGCGCUCAGUAGUUCUGUGCUAAGCUCCAUAAGGUUGAUGGGUUGAAUCUUAGGACUGUUAGAAAACCAGCAGCCACAAGGUUGUGAGUUCAUAUCCCAGGACUGAUACAGAGCCAGUGGCACUGAGGUUUCAGGUUCGAAUCCCAGGACUGAUACAGAGCCAGUGGCACUGAGGUUUCGGGUUCGAAUCCCAGGACUGAUACAGAGCCAGUGGCACUGAGGUUUCGGGUUCGAAUCCCAGGACUGAUACAGAGCCAGUGGCACUGAGGUUUCGGGUUCGAAUCCCAGGACUGAUACAGAGCCAGUGGCACUGAGGUUUCGGGUUCGAAUCCCAGGACUGAUACAGAGCCGGCCACCAUGAAGCUUCCCAGGACUGGCAGAGAGCGAGCAGCCAGAAGGUUAUGGGUUUAAACCCCGUUAUUGACAGAAGGCCAGCAGCCAUGAAAUUGUGUUUGAGUUCCAGUACUGUCAGAAGACCAGCAACCAUGAAGUUAUGAGUUCAAAUCCCAACACUGAUUAAGAGAUAAAAACCUGGCAACCAUGAACACUGAUUAACACAUAAAGACCUGGCAACCAUUAGACCAUGAUUUCAAAUCCCAACACUGAUUAAGACAUAUAGACCUGGCAACCAUUAGGCCAUGAGAUCAAAUUCCAGCGCUGAUUAAGAGAUAAAAAGCUUGCAACCAUGAAGUUAUGAGUUCAAAUCCCAACACUGAUUAAGACAUAUAGACCUGGCAACCAUUAGUCCAUGAGUUCAAAUCCCAGCGCUGAUUAAGAGAUAAAAAGCUGGCAACCAUUAGGCCAUGAGUUCAAAUCCCAACACUGAUAGACAGCUGAUGACUCUGAGGUUGUGAUUUCGAAUCCCAGAACUGAUCGAGACCCAGUGGCCAUAAGGUUGUGAGUUUGGAUUGGUCAGCCAGAUGUUUGUGAGUUCGAACCUUGGCACACAGAGCCAGCAGCUGGAACGUUGUGGUUUUCAAACCUCAGCACUGAUAGAACCGUGUGUCUGGCCAUCCUGGGAUUCAAACUCACAACGUUCUGGUGACUUGCACAGAACUUUGACCAGUAUGUAUUAAUUUUUGUGUUGUUUAUGGAAAUAAACGUGUUUCUCUUUGCUUUAUUCUAUAAGAUGUGUGAGUACGUGGAGAUUUCACUUUAAUAAAAUCACGGCUUUAUGAAUCAUCA